UUGGUCGACGGUUUGUUGAUGCUUGAUGUCAACAAAUACUCGAAAACAAAGUGCGGGUAUAUUAUAAUGUAAGCCCCGGUUAAAGAUGCUUGACCGAGAAACAAUUUCAGAUCAGUCAGUGUCUUGUAAAUUGGUCUCACACCUGACGAACUUAGUAUUCUUGACAGUGGUCUUGGUGUCCUGGGGAUACGUUAUUGCUGCUGGUUGCUACACUGCAGCAAAGCAGCUUUCGUGUUCACCUCUGACUGAAAGAGAGAACGACAGCACUUGGUGUGCCAUCGGCUAAUGAAUCAAAUGGCUUACUCAGCAGAUCAAGCUGCUUUUCAAGUUCAGGAGAGGUUGAAAGCACUUUAUAGACUGGUCCAUGAUAUACAUGAUGAACGACAGAGAAGUGAACUUAAUUUGAACAGUAUUGAGAAAGCUCAUGAAAAAAUAAGUGCAGAGGAAAGAGUGUCUCCGCAUAAUCAGCAACAAUUAAAAACCUUGUACACAGCAGCUGUAGCUGAUGCAGAGCAGGAAGAAGAUCUUAUUCGUAAAGCCCUUGCCAAAGUUAAUGAAAUUCGCGCUAUCAGGAAUGAACGUAGAAUUCAGGCCAGGAAUGCUGGAAAUAAGGAGACCAUUCGGAGAGGUGCCUUGAUGAAAAUGCUGCAGUGUUCUGCACAGACAUUACCCUUGUGGGUAGGAAAACCAGGUGAAAAGGCACCUCCCCUGUGUGGAGCUAUUCCAAUGGAAGCAUCCUAUGUUGCCAAGCCAGGUGAUAUGGUUGCAGCUUUGGUGAAAGGAGCAGAAGAGGAGGAAAAUUGGAUCUUAGCUGAGGUAGUAAGUUUCAAUACCACUUCAGGGAGGUACGAGGUUGAUGAUAUUGACGAGGAACAAAAGGAUCGUCAUGUCCUGAGUCGUCGCAGAGUAAUGCCUUUGCCACUCAUGCGUGCUAAUCCUGAAACUGAUCAUUUAGCUCUAUUUCCCAAAGGUUCGGUUGUUAUGGCUCUGUAUCCUCAAACCACAUGUUUCUACAAAGCAUUGGUCAAUGCAUUACCAUCAACUGCAACGGAAGAAUACGAAGUACUCUUUGAUGAUCCAAGUUAUGCUGAAGGCUAUUCACCUCCUUUACCUGUUGCACAACGCUAUGUUCUUGCUAUAAGAGAUCGCAAGGGACAUGGGCAUUCUUGAGAACAGCAACGAACUUUAGGCAACUUAUCACAUCUGAGAAGUGACUGCCAUGAAACUGACACCAUGACUGCCGCUGAAAAUGCGUUUAAGUAUGAGGAUGGUUGAAUUGAUCCAAAAAGAACAUAUUAUUCUACUUGAAAAUUGUAUUUCCUCUUGCAAUUAGUAUAACUGUUGAUCACACAAGUUUUCUUAUCCUUCAAGAAUAAAAUCUUCAAACUCAAACUAAA